AUGGGUUGGGUCGACCAGGUUCCGCGGGCGGGCAAACUCUACAUCGGCGGAUUGUACGCGCUCUUUCAGACCGACCUGAUACGUGCCGCCGGCAUUACACACGUACUAUCGGUUAUUGAUUACGACCCUUUGCUCCAGGAUAGAUCAUCACACCUGAAACACUUCCACAUCCGGGCAGAAGAUCAUCCCAACGAAGAUCUCCUGCAGCACAUACCGGAAGCAGUCAGGUUUAUAGAUGAAGCGCUCAGCGAAGUCAAGCAGAUUCAAAGUACUGAAGGCAAUGUACAUCGAGACGGUGCUGAAGAUGCAGGAGGAGUUUUCGUUCACUGCGCGAUGGGCAAGUCGCGGUCCGCCACCCUUGUGGUGGCCUAUCUGAUGUGGAAAUACCACCUUGAUUCAGAUACAGCGUUGAAACAGCUCUGCGAAGGAAGGCCUGUUUGCGACCCGAAUCCUGGAUUCAAAGAGCAGCUCUUGGUUUGGGAGAAGAUGUGCAAGAGCAAGACAGACAGAGAAAGUAAGAUAAUCUACGAGGAUUGGGAGAAGACCAGGUUCAGAGGAGAAUUCUGGGAGUGGGAUCAGCACGCAGAGAAGCUAAAAGCUAAGCUAUAA